UAGUUGACACUUGUAGGAGCAACUGACGGUUGUCUUUCGUCAAGCUCACGGUAUUCCGUGAGAAGAUGGCACCGCUGAUUCUGUGGUCAUUUCUUGCCUUUGGACUCGGGGUGUACAUGGGAGUUGUUGAGAGUCAGCUGAGGACUUGGUACUUCGGUCCGCCACCGAAGCCGCUUCCUGGUGAACAUUGGAUGCAAGCAGCCGCUCGAGAAAUACGUAAACGAUGCCCAGGGACACGAAGCUCGACUGAAGUCAGCGAUGAAGCCGAAGCCACACUUGCAGGCGAGAUUUCGACAACACCCUCAGGUCCCCGAUAUGCUGGUUGCAGCGAGAGUUUGGACAGCGGGACAGGAGGAACGGGUGUGGGUGUCGUCACUAUCUACCCAUCGCAAUAUCCAAACGGCACGACUGUUUACUGCAGACUAGAUUGGAUCUUGAUUCAGAGGCGCUACGACGGGUCGGUGAAUUUCACCCGUAGCUGGGCCGAGUACCGAGACGGCUUCGGUGAUCUGACGGGGGAGUUCUGGCUGGGCAACGAGAUAGUCCGCCAGCUGACCUCGGAAGGCACUUGGGAACUGCAGUUGGUUGUGAAAGAUGCAAGCCGUGGUAUAUCCUUUAUACCUCUUGGGGAGUUCCAGAUCGUAGGUGACAACUACGCACUCGGAUUGAAAGAUAUCUCUUUCGCUAACGUUCAAGUAGGCCAGUGGUUCUCAACCUACGAUCGCGACAAUGACGCCGAUGGCAACGCCAAUUGUGCCGCUCAGCUGAAGGGAGGCUGGUGGUUCACGACUUGUACUGGAGGAGUCGGGAAUGUGGAUCUCGUGCCGAUUAACCUGAAUGGGGAGUAUUCCUAUCCCGUCACCUACACGGGGCAAGAUUACCGCGGUGUGAGGUGGGCUGGCCUGGCUAAUGGCCAAAUAAUAUCUUGCGCACUUGAGAUUCGACCUACGCACUGA